AUGGGGACGCGCUGGAGGAUGUCCCGGGAAGGUGCCGGGGACAUGGGCAGCAAACUGGCCACACCGGACGGUGACCCCGCCGGGCGGUGUCCUGGGACGGAAGACAUUCACGCCGCAUACAAGCGGGGCGACCCCAGCAGAGCCCGCCACCUGCUCAGGGAAGUCUGUGACGGGUGCGCCUCCCAGCGGGAAAAGGGCCAGCUCCUGAGCAUCGCAGCGGCCUACGGGGACCUGGAGACCGUCCGCUAUCUUCUCACCGAGAGGCAGGUGGCGCUGCCGACGGAGCCCACGGACGACAACCCCGCGGUGGUGGCGGCGCACUUCGGGCACACGGAGGUCGUGCAGGAAUUGCUCGAGUCUUUCCGAGGUCCCUGCAGCCUCCAGCGGCUGCUGAACUGGAUGCUGGCCCUGGCUUGUCAGCGAGGCCACCUGGGGCUGGUGAAACUCCUGGUCCUGACAUACGGGGCCGACCCCGAGAGCUACGCGGUCAGGAAGAACGAGUUCCCUGUCAUCGUGCGCUUACCCCUGUACGCGGCCAUCAAGGCAGGGAAUGAAGACAUCGCCAUCUUCCUGCUUCGCCAUGGGGCUUUCUUCUGCUCCUACAUCUUACUGGACAGUCCCGAACCCAGCAAACACCUGCUCCGGAGCUUCUUCAUCGAGGCCAGUGCCUUGCCCAGCAGCUGUUCAGGGAAAGUGCCUCUCCGUGUGAAGUGGGCUCACCUCAAGCUGCCCUGGGUGGACAUCGACUGGCUCAUCGACAUCUCCUGCCAGAUCACGGAGCUGGACCUGUCGGCCAACUGCCUGGCCUCCCUCCCGUCUGUCGUCCCCUGGGGGCUCAUCAACCUGCGGAAGCUGAACCUCUCGGACAACCACCUGGCCGAGCUGCCCGGCGUGCAGUCCUCCGACGAAAUCAUCUGCUCCAGGCUCCUGGAAGUCGACAUUUCCAGCAACAAGCUGGCCCACCUCCCGCCGGGGUUCUUGCACCUCUCGAAGCUGCAAAAGCUGACGGCUUCGAAAAACUACUUAGAGAAAUUGUUUGAGGAAGAAAGUGCCACCAACUGGAUCGGUUUGCGGAAGCUGCAGGAGCUGGAUGUUUCCGAUAAUAAACUGACCGAACUCCCGGCGACGUUUCUUCAUUCUUUCAAGUCACUCCAUUGCCUGAAUGUCUCCAGAAAUAAGCUGAAGGUGUUCCCAGAUGCCUGGGCCUGCCCGUUGAAAUGCUGCAAAGCAUCCCAGAAUGCCCUGGAAUGUCUGCCAGACAGAAUGGCCGUGUUCUGGAAAAACCACCUGAGAGACGUGGAUUUCUCCGAAAACGCACUCAGAGACGUCCCCCUGGGCCUCUUCCAGCUGGACGCCCUGGUGUCCUUGAAGUUGCAGGGCAACCAGCUGGUGGCCGUGCCCCCUCCGGAGAAGUGGACCUGCACUCAGCUGAAGACGCUGGAUCUCUCCAGAAACCAGUUUGGCAAAAAUGAAGAUGGACUGAAAACAAAGCGCAUUUCCUUCUUCACCACCAGGGGGCGCCAGCGGUCAGGGACUGAGACAGCGUGCCCGCUGGACUUCCCGGCCUUCCUCAGCGAGUCCCUGGAGGUCCUCUGCCUGAACGACAACCACCUGGACGCGGUGCCCCCCUCGGUGUGCCUGCUGAGGAGCCUGUCGGAACUCUACCUGGGAAACAAUCCAGGCCUGAGAGAGCUCCCUCCCGAGCUGGGGCAGCUGGGCAACCUCUGGCAGUUGGACAUCGAAGACCUGAACAUCAGCAACGUGCCCGCGGAGAUCAGGAAAGAAGGCCCCAAGGCCAUGCUGUCCUACCUGCGCGCCCAGCUGCGGAAGGCGGAGAAGUGCAGGCUGAUGAAGAUGAUCGUGGUGGGGCCCCCGCGCCAGGGAAAGUCCACGCUGCUGGAGAUCCUGGUUGAGUCCAUCGAGUUCAGCGUCUGGGACAUCGGCGGCCCGGCCAGCAUGGCCACGGUCAACCAGUGCUUCUUCACCGACAAGGCCCUGUACGUGGUGGUGUGGAACCUGGCGCUGGGGGAGGAAGCCGUGGCCAGCCUGCAGUUCUGGCUGCUCAACAUCGAGGUGAGAGACCCGGCCCGUCGGCGGGCGGUGGUGGGAACCCACCUGGACCUGAUCGAAAGCAAGUUCCGCGUGGAGAGGAUCGCGACGCUGCGGGCCUACGUGCUGGCGCUCUGCCGGUCGCCCUCGGGGUCCCGGGCCACGGGCUUCCCGGACAUCACCUUCAAGCACCUACACGAGAUUUCCUGCAAGACCCUGGAGGGCCUGGAGGGGCUGCGGCAGCUGAUUUUCCACGUCACGUGCAACAUGAGGGACGUGGGCAGCACCAUCGGCUGCCAGCGGCUGGUGGGGAGGCUGGUGGGUACCGCAGCUGUCAUGGGGCGGGCGGCCCACCAACCAGAAGGGCCCACGUGUUGGCUGCUUCCUCAGAGAAAUGUGUGUCCUGGCCCCCCUGGCAGUCGGUCACCCCGAGUCCCCUCUGCACUCUGUCUAAUGCCUCCCCCUCCCACCCUGCUGUUCACAGCCAUCAGCUUCCUCAUCGAAACCGGCGCGCUGCUGCACUUCCCGGACACCAGCCACGGCCUGCGCAACCUCUACUUCCUGGACCCCAUCUGGCUGUCCGAGUGCCUGCAGCGCAUCUUCAACAUCAAAGGCUCCCGCUCCGUGGCCAAGAACGGGGUGAUCCGGGCGGAGGACCUGCGCCUGCUGCUGGUGGGGACCGGCUUCACGCAGCAGACGGAGGAGCAGUACUUCCAGUUCCUGGCCAAGUUCGAGAUCGCCCUGCCCGUGGCCAACGACAGCUACCUCCUGCCGCACCUCCUCCCGUCCAAGCCCGGCCUGGACACCCACAGCAUGCGGUACCCCACGGCCAACACCAUCCAGAGGGUGUUCAAGAUGAGCUUCGUGCCCGUCGGCUUCUGGCAAAGGUUCAUAGCGCGGAUGCUGAUCAGCUUGGCGGAGAUGGACCUCCAGCUGUUCGAGACCAAGAAGAACAGCAAGAGCCGGCACAGGAAGGUCACCAUCUACAGCUUUGCCGGGAAUCAGAGGAAUCGCUGCAGCACCUUCCGAGUGAAGAGGAACCAGACCAUCUACUGGCAGGAAGGCCUCCUGGUCACGUUCGAUGGGGGCUACCUCAGCGUGGAGUCCUCGGACGUGAACUGGAAAAAGAAGAAGAGCGGAGGAAUCAAAAUCAUCUGCCAGUCGGAAGUGAGGGACUUCUCCGCCAUGGCCUUCAUCACGGACCAUGUCAACUCCUUGAUCGAUCAGUGGUUUCCCGCCCUGACGGCCACGGAGAGCGACGGGACGCCCCUCAUGGAGCAGUACGUGCCCUGCCCGGUGUGCGAGACCUCCUGGGCCCGGCACGCCGACCCCGGCGAGAAGGCAGAGGGCGUGCAGUACUUCGACAUGGAGGACUGCGUGCUGACGGCCAUCGAGCGGGACUUCAUCGCCUGCCCCAGGCACCCCGACCUCCCCGUGCCCCUCCAGGAGCUGGUGCCCGAGCUGUUCAUGACCGACUUCCCGGCCAGGCUCUUCCUGGAGAACAGCGAGCUGGAGCACAGCCAGGACCAGAGCAGCGUCCUGGGCCAGGGCGGCAGCGGCACCAUCAUCUACCGCGCCCGCUACCAGGGCCGGCCCGUGGCCGUGAAGCGCUUCCAGAUCAAGAAGUUCAAGAACUUCGCUAACGUCCCCGCCGACACCAUGCUGAGGCACCUGCGGGCCACGGACGCCAUGAAGAACUUCUCGGAGUUCCGGCAGGAGGCCAGCAUGCUGCACGCCCUGCAGCACCCCUGCAUCGUGUCCCUCAUCGGCAUCAGCAUCCACCCGCUCUGCUUCGCCCUGGAGCUCGCCCCGCUGGGCAGCCUCAACACCGUGCUGUCCGAGAACGCCAAAGAUUCUUCGUUCAUGCCCCUGGGCCACAUGCUCACCCAGAAGACGGCCUACCAGAUCGCCGCGGGCCUGGCCUACCUGCACAAGAAGAACAUCAUCUUCUGUGACCUGAAGUCGGACAACAUCCUGGUCUGGUCCCUGGACGUCAAGGAGCACGUGAACAUCAAGCUGUCAGACUACGGCAUCUCCAGGCAGUCCUUUCACGAGGGCGCCCUGGGCGUGGAGGGCACGCCCGGCUACCAGGCCCCAGAGAUUAGGCCACGCAUCGUGUACGAUGAGAAGGUAGACAUGUUCUCCUACGGGAUGGUGCUCUACGAGCUGCUGUCGGGACAGCGGCCCGCGCUGGGCCACCACCAGCUGCAGAUCGCCAAGAAGCUGUCCAAGGGCAUCCGCCCGGUGCUGGGGCAGCCGGAGGAGGUGCAGUUCCAUCGGCUGCAGGCGCUCAUGAUGGAGUGCUGGGACACGAAGCCCGAGAAGCGACCGCUGGCCCUGUCCGUGGUGAGCCAGAUGAAGGACCCGACCUUCGCGACCUUCAUGUACCAGCUGCCCUGUGGGAAGCAGACCGCCUUCUUCUCGUCCCAGAGCCAGGAGUACACGGUGGUGUUCUGGGACGGCAAGGAGGAGUCCAGGAACUACACGGUGGUGAACAUGGAGAAGGGCCUCCUGGAAGUGCAGAGGAUGGGCUGCCCGGGCAUGAAGCUCAGCUGCCAGAUCAAGGUCCAGAGCUCUCUCUGUACGACCCUGUCGUUUUCAAAGUUUCUACAAAGGACAGAGAUGCGACAACAAGCCACCAGAGAGCCUUUAGGGUUUCCGAGGCGGAGCGGGCCCCGUAAGGACGUCUGGCCCGUGUCCGCCGGGUCUCACGCGGCCCGUCUGCCUCUGCAGGACCAGAAGAUCUACAUCUACAGCCUCAAGGGCAUGUGCCCCUUAAACGCGCCCCAGCGGGCCUUGGACACGCCGGCCGUGGUCACCUGCUUCCUGGCGGUGCCUGUGUUGAAGAAGAAUUCCUUCCUGGUGCUGGCGGGCCUGGCGGACGGGCUGGUGGCAGCGUUCCCCGUGGUGCGGGGCGCCCCUGAGGACAGCUGCUCCUACCUGUGCUCGCACACGGCCAACAGGUCCAAGUUCAGCAUCCCGGACGAGGACGUGCGGCAGAACCCCUACCCCGUGACGGCCAUGGAGGUGGUGAACAGCGGGUCCGAGGUCUGGUACAGCAACGGGCCGGGCCUGCUGGUCAUCGACUGCGCCGGCCUGGACAUCAGCCGGCGGCUGGAGCCCUACGCGGCCCCGUCGGUGGUCACCUCGCUCGUGUGCAGCUCGGACUGCGGGGGCGAGGAGGUGGUCUGGUGCCUGGACGACAGGGCCAACCUCUUGGUCAUGUACCAUUCGGCCACCUACCAGCUGUGCGCCCGCUACUUCUGCGGGGACCCGAACCCUGGGAGGGACGUGUUUCCCGUGCACCCCUCGGGCCUGGAGCCGCCGGACGGCCCCGUGGCCAGCCGGCAGGAGCCCGAGGCGGACUCCAUCGCCGACGUGAGCAUCAUGUACAGCAAGGAGCUGGGCACGCAGAUCCUGACGCACCAGGACUCGCUGACCGACUACUGCUCCAUGUCGUCAUACUCCUCGUCCCCCCGGCAGCGGGCCCCCCUGUCCCCGGACAGUUCCUCCAGCAUCCUCUUCUCCACCGACGGGGAGGGCUCGGACCGGCUGCUCGAGCCCACGGCCGGUUCCGACAGGUCCGAGCAGGAGCUGAGCCCCGUGGACGGCGAGGCGUUCAGCCAGCACCUGCAGGCCGUGAAGGUCCUGGCUGUGAAGGACGUCAUCUGGGUGCCCAGGCGCGGAGGAGAUGUUAUCGUCAUCGGCCUGGAGCGGGACGCGGGCGCCCAGCGGGGCCGAGUCAUCGCCGUCUUGAAAGCCCGAGAGCUGACGUCAAGGGGGGCUCUGGUGGAUGCGGCCGUGGUGGCCAAGGACACCGUCGUGUGUGGCUUCGAGGACGAAAGCAGCGAGUGGUGCCUGGCCGUGUGGCGGGGCUGGGGCACCCGGGAAUUUGACGUCUUCUUCCAGGCCUACGAGGAGCUGGGCCGGCUGGAGGCCUGCGGGCGCAAGAGGAGGUAGCGCCGCCCACGGAAGGAGCAUCGC